CCUCCCGAGGUGAGCGAUGCGCGGGGUGGCGGCGGGGAGCGGACGGGGAGCCGUGACAUUUAACCGGGGUGCCUCUCCUCCCUGGCGGGCUGGGCGGACGAUCACCGCCCUCCUCUCCGCGGGCAGGCUAAGGCGCAGGACGAAGCCCAGUCCAUCCCCGGAGACCCAGACGCAGCGCGCUGCCCGAGCCGCCGGUGGCUCCACUCCUCUCCUGUCCUCUCCUCCCCUUUGGCAAUCGCCGCUGCGACUUCCCUGCAGCGGGGGACGAGAGACGCAGCAGCCGCAGCAGGGCAGCGGGGAAGAGGGCUGGGCUGGCCACCUGCCCCUCGGCGGGGCCAGGCGCCAGGGGGACAGCAGCGGGGCGCAGUGGCGAACGGGCGAGGCGCCGGCGGCAGAGCGGGGAGGUAGCGCCAGCUCGAGGCGGCCGCGUCCGAGGCUUCCCCGGGACCGUACUGCGGAGAGGACGCUGACUGCGUCGGUGGUGUGAGGGCGUCUCCAGCCUCUUCGUCACUUGCUUGGCUUGCGUUUGCUGAUGGAAGAGCUGUUGCUGGCCCCGUUCCUCCCUGCACUUGCCGAAGUUAGUGCUGCGUGGGAUUUGGAGCUCCGUACCUCACUCUGCGUUCUUUGUACUCUUUGAAACAGUUGGAUUUAACACAUUUUUUAAUGGCGGACACAGAGUGUCAGGUUUAGUCUGAGACAUUUAGGAGCAGCAAUACCUGGUCCCUAAGACGAUUCUAAGAAUAAUCUGGGGUGGGGAUUUUUGGGUUGUUUUUUGUCGUUGUUGUUGUUUUUUUGUGAUUUUUUUUGUUUGUUUGGUUGGUUUGGUUUUUUUUGUUGGUUUUUUUUUUUUUUUUUUGGGAGGGCUUUUUUACUGGCAGCAAGUCCUAUCCCUGUCAUAUCCCUGUCUGUAGAUAGCUGUCUGGAGGCUACAAUCCUCAGAAACCUGCAUGUUCUAAAACGGAUGAAAAACUGAUUUAGUUGAGUAAUUUUCCUUACCGGUAGGAGCAGUGACAUGAAAGUUACAAAUAAUCAAAUAGUAACUGUGAGUUGAACAAUAUUUUGCAUUUUCCCUUUGCUUUCAUAAGUGUGUGAGUGUGUGCACAUAUGCAGUUCGCACAGAUUUUUUUUAACGUAAGAGGGUGUGAGACAAAUGAAAACAUACGUAAGCCACACGUGAUGGUGGAAGACUUAGAAUAAAGGAAACUAACACAAGUAAAACAUAGUCCUUUAUUCUUUUACCACCAAUGUUCAAGAUUAUGUGUUUGGGUUUUUUGUUUGUUUUUUUUUUUUUUUUCAAACAGCAUCCCCAAGCAGUAGCCCUGGUAGCUAGCCAUACUUCAGAGAUAAGAAUACUGUUGUCUUUACAGCAGAAGCUUUUCCAUUUAGCUUCUUUAGUCAGUUUCAGGGUUGAUUUCAGUCUUCUGUUUCCUCUUGGCUCCUUCUGUGGCAUAAGCCACCCAAACAGGGACAUGAACAUUAAUAAAUAUGAAGUUAAAGAACAGUAUCUUGGUGUUGGUCCAACAUCUGAUCGUGCUAUAAUACACAUAAUGCACUCAUCAAUAAAAUGCAGCACUGUUAAUCCAGAGUCAUGCUAAACAUCCACACAGGAGUGCUUUGGUUUAUACUACAUUAUAGGGAAAAACAAUAAGAAUGAAUGAUCCGUAAUGAAAUUACUGAGAAUUCCUGCAAAGUUGGGAGAACAUAGUAAAAUGAUACCUGGGUUUAUUUUUCAUAAAAGAGACAGCCUGUUAUCUGGAUUCAAAAGCAAUUAACUCACUGACUUCUUUGAAUUACCCCAUUUUUAUAAAGCACUGACAACAUAUUGCAAAGUUCUUUGAACUGGUCUCAAAUUGAGUACCCAAACAUGUUAAUUAAUACUGAGUCCCAGCUGUUGCACAGUAGUUAAAAAAAAUCCAGAAAACAUUUCUGUGAUUUCUGUGGAGUGCUAGUAGCACAACUAUUCUGAGGAAAUUGCACUGAUACCCCAUAGAGAUUUAUAUAUAGACUUUUUAAAAUUUGCCAGUUCAGUGUAAUUUUUUUGAAGGUAUAUAAACAGCAAGAUAAAGUAGUACAUCUACUCUAAGUGUACUAUCAACAAGAAAUGAGUCUCUUCUGAAUACUGCCACUUUUAGCAUGUUACUCUAAGUGGAAGACAAGGCAGGAUAGCUGUACAUAAAGAUUGAAUUACUACAAACUAAAAAUAGGAACAGGAAAAUGCUAAGGUUAUCACUAGGGCUCUUGGAGUUGUUCUUGAAGAAAGGAGGUGCUACAGAUGAAAUCUGGAAAAAAUUAAAGACUGAAACUUAAGCAGAAGGGAUCACCAAAGUGAACUCCAUUAAACAAUGGAGCAAUAGAGAGCUUUAACAACACUCUUGUGUCUCUUCAGUCAAAUCUCAGUUGUGGUGACAGGUUCAAAGUAUUGUGCAUAUUUUGUGAAUCACAAAAGGUACUUUUGCAGUAAGAUGCCCGACCUUAGGGCAGCUUGAGAAGCCUACUAUUUCCUUUCACUAGUGGGUAUUUGGCUUUCAGAAGAGAUGAAACAACACUGCAGAAUAAGAAAUCAAAUGUUUCCAUACUACUGGCCAUUCAGUCAGGGCUCCAUAUAAAAAUCGAAGCUGAUGAGACUUGUUUUUUCCUCUCAGGAGGUAUGUGCAUAAUGCAAUCUAAAAGCAUUUUCAAAAGUGCCCAUUAGCUCUUAAUUGGAAAGGGACUUUGAAAGGGUGUUGUACUUCUAUUUUGCCAUAAGGCCUGAAAAAAGAAGGAAAAAGAAGACCAUAACCAUACUUUCAUUACCUCUGAAAAAGUAGUUCCUAUAGAAACAGGAAUGAUUAUGCACUUACCUUCAACUGUACUGUAAAUAAAGUCUACAAUGCCUCUUCAAAGGAAAUUAAAUAAUCUUUGAAUCACAAAAAAUUUAACAUGAAAUAUUAAAUGUAUCAAAAUGUUUCAGCUAUUUUUAAUUGUCUUGUAAAAAUUUCCUUCAGUAACUGUUCUGGCCCUCUGAGGUUUCUGUAGCAAGAAUUCAAACAGUGAUGUUUCUGUUUUAUUUGGUAUUUACAAUAAGUUUCAUUCACAUUUUUAGCAAUGCUUAGCCUUACAAAUGUCUGAAGAACUGGGAUUGCAAUGGUGUUCUCAUGGUGGCUUUGCCCCAGUGUUCAGUGUAUUAUAUGGCAUCAUAGGUUGAAUCAUGUUUUGGACCUGAUAAUCUCUGUCUCCAAAGAGAAGAAAAUACAUUAAAGAAAUCUGAAAAUAAGAAAAAAAUUAUUUAUCACCCACUUAUACAUAUCAGUAUAUGGCUUGAAGUUUCCAAAAAGUGCUUUCAAUGAUAAAGUAAGACAAAAAUUCAAAUUUUAAGCAUUUUCAAAAUACAUGUUUUUUAAAAAUGCUGCUCACAUACUGAGUUACAAUUUCUUGUGAAAAAAUUAUAUUUUGAAAAAUUCAUAUUCCUAUUAUAACAUAAAAUUAUUCCUAGCCCUAAAA